AAACACGUUCCAGUCAGCUUUGACUGGUUUCUUUGUCUCUGCUGAAAAACAUUGGACCCACAGCCUAAUCCUGCCAAUACCAUGUUUCAGCUUGGAGAUGAUGUGUUAGUGAUAGUUUUAACCCUGACAAAGUAUUUCAACAUUGGCUAAAAAGCUAAAUUUCGGUCUUAUCUGAAUGAAACAAGCCAAUCUUUGUUUUAUGACAUAACUUUAGCUUAUUCCUUACUUGUCUGCUGGUUUUUCCACUAACAUCCUCUAACAAACCUUUGAAGCCUUCACAGAACAGCAGGCUUUAUUCUCAGAUUAAGUUGACUGCACUUUCAUUCACACAAAUCAGCAUAAGGGGAAAAUAAAAGCAAAUCCAUGCCACACUUUUCAGAUUUUAUUUGUAAAGCAUUUUGAAAAACCGUUCAUCUGUUCCCUUCGAUAUCAAAAUUAUGUCCUACUUUUGUUGCUGUAUUGAAAAAAAAAUUCUAAUAAAAUACCUAGGGGAGAGCCACCCUUUGUUGCUAGGAAACAGUAAAAAAAACACUGAUCAUGUGACCCAAUAGUUAGGAGGAAGGCAUUAUUUAAUAAAAUUUGUAAAGGUAAGAACCAUGGGUUAGGGUUUUAUUCCUUAAAAUACACCUUCCAAACUUGAAAGUGAAUUCAGUAAAUCAUUAAAAAAUGUGUUUAGACCAUAAUAUCUAUAUUUUAAAAUUUGUUCCAUGUAUCUAUUAUGCUAUAUGAGCUAUGACAUGAGAUCAGAAACGAAGAUAGAAGUGUAGCAUUUUAACUGUGGGAACAAAUAAAGUCGAAAUAGUAGCUUAGCUGCGGGGUCAGUUUUGCCCGCCACAGCUAACUUUUACCCCACUCUCCCAUAGAAGUUUGCCAAAAAUGUUCAGGUCACACGGGAAAUUUUACUGUCAUAGUCUCUUCUACGGCAACUCUGAUAUGGAAAUAUGCACUAUGUGAUCAUUUGUGGGUGAAAAUAACAAAUAACCUUCCUGAAUAUGUUCCAGUUAUUAGAAAGCAGUUGGGAAUCCCGCAGCCCAUCCGUGCCUCUCCUUGUCGCCCCUUUGUGGCGCUCUCUGCUGCACAGAUCCAGUCUCCUGUCCGGUGUUCAGCUCCCUCCCCUCCUCCUCCUCCUCGCUGCGGCUGCCAUGGCUGCGGAGGCUUCCGGCCGGAAAGAUGCGACCAUCACCGGCCCAGCAGACUCCACCGAGAUGCGGGAGCAGCUGAUGACAGAGGGAAACAUGAAAAAAGACCUGGAAGCGUCUCUGCCUGCUGCACAGGACAACUUUGCAAUCCGGUGCCGAGAUGUAUGCCGGUCGUAUGGAAAGCUAAAGGUCCUAACCAACCUUAACCUGACCGUACCACAGGGACAGAUUUAUGGCCUUUUGGGUCCCAGCGGAUGUGGAAAAACGACGCUUUUAAAAUGUAUUGUGGGAACACUGAAAAUAUCAAGAGGACACAUCACUGUGUUGGGGAAGCCGCCUGCAUUUCCUGGACAUGAGGUCCCAGGGAAGAUGGUUGGAUACAUGCCGCAGGAACUGGCGCUGUACAACGAGUUCACCAUUAGCGACACCUUGACUUUCUUUGGACGAAUCCAUGGCCUGACAUCGAAGGAAACCCAAGCACGCAUGAACUUCCUUAUUGACUUCCUGCAUCUACCUCAGAAAAGCAGCCUAGUCCGAAAUCUAAGCGGGGGUCAGAGGCGGAGAGUGUCUCUCGGAGCUGCCUUGCUGCAGAAUCCUGAGCUGCUCAUCUUGGAUGAACCGACGGUUGGAGUGGACCCCGUGCUUAGAGCCAAGAUCUGGCAACAUCUGGUAGAGAUUGUGAAGACAGGGAAAGUCUCUGUCAUCAUUACUACACACUAUAUAGAGGAGGCCAGGCAAGCCGACGUGGUUGGUCUGAUGAGAAACGGCCAUUUGCUGGCAGAAGGUCCUCCAGAUGCAGUCAUGAAGCAGCACAGUGCAACAACCCUGGAGCAUGCCUUCUUGCAGCUGUGCGAGUCGUCGGACCAGAACUCCACUCAGGAAUCCAACUCAGAGAGCGAAACCCUGGAGAAGAGCCAAAUGUUCGCGAAUGGCCGGGACGAGAGUCAGCCAAUCCUCGCGGUCGGGCCUCCACCUGUGGAAGACAUUCCUAAAUGUACAGCGGACUGGAAGGUGCGGGCCAGACACAUCCUGCCAAAGGGGAGAAACAUCGGCGCGCUGUUCAUCAAAACAAUGGUGCGGAUGAAGAGAAUGCCAGGCUCGUUGUGUUUCCAGUUCCUGCUGCCAGUCAUCCAGAUCUCGCUCAUCUGUCUGUGUGUCGGCGGAGAUCCGAAGGGGAUCAAGGUUGCUGUGGUGAACAACGACAGCUACCCGCCGUCCAGCUCAUUCAGCCAGUCGCUGCUCACCUUCCUGGACAACUCCAGCGUGAUUCAGGUUCCCCUGCCCCACAAGGAGGCGUUCGAAGGGGUCCAUAAAGGGGAGUACUGGGGCGUCAUCGGCUUCGGACAGAACUUCACCAAUUACUUGACUAAACGGAUUCUGCAGCGGCAGGUUUCCAAGGAAGUGAUCGAUGGAGGAUCGGUGCACGUCUGGCUGGACCUGACCAAUCGACAGAUCGGCCUCAUGCUACAGAAGCAGCUGCACCAGGCGUUUCAGGCCUUUGUGGAUUUUAAAAUGGGUGCUUUGGCAUACCUGGUUGCUCUACCGAUAAAAUUUGAAGAGCCGAUCUACGGAAGCCUGAACAUGGAUUUUACCACCUAUGUGACUCCAGGAGCUGUCCUGAGCAUCUCCUUCUACCUGGCUGUGGGUUUGACGGCGCUCUCCUUCGUCCUGGAGAGGAAGGAGGGGCUUAUGGACAGGUGCUGGGUCGCAGGUGUGAGCUCCAUGGAGACGAUGCUGGCUCACCUCUUCUCCCAGCUCUUCGUCAUCAGCGUUCAGAUCAUCCUGAUGCUGCUCUUCAUCCUGCUCGUCUUCAAGAUGCCGAACGAAGGCUCCCUGUUUCUGGUCAUAUGUCUGAUCGUGCUGCAGGGCGUCACGGGAAUCUCCUUCGGCCUCGUCAUCUCGGCGGGGAUCGACGACGAGCAGAGCGCCAAUCAGGCCGCCCUGGGCAUCUUCUACCCCAACCUCAUCCUGAGCGGUAUCAUCUGGCCUGUGGAGUGCAUCCCGUAUCCUCUCCGCUACCUCAGCCUGGCUCUCCCUCAGACCUAUGCUUCCGAAUCCCUCCGCUGCAUCAUGUACAGAGGGUGGGGUAUGUCCGAGAUGAUGGUGUGGCGAGGUUUUGCCGUAACCCUGGGCUGGAACACGUUCUUCCUGAUCCUGGCCACAGUCAUCCUAAAGCUGAGAACGUGACAGCCUUCGUCCCCUCGGAAGACACCAUCCUGACCGGAGACAGAUCAGGAGCCGACAACAAUCCUUGGACCUUCCGUCUGUGGAGGAGGCAAAGCAGAAGAAAUAAAGAGGAAAAUGGGGAGAAAAGAGGGAGGGAUCUCCCCCCUACUGGUCGUCUCUCUGACACACACUAACACACACACACUCUCUGAUCCUGCACCAGUUGGUUUGGUCUGUUCAAAGUCUAAAUUCAAGAUGCUUCAAGUAGGAAACACAAAGUAGCAGCAAUCAAUGUUCGUUCGCAUUUCUACGAGCGGUUUCUCAAAAACCUUCAUCCUGUGAACAGCCACGAACCAACUCAGGGUUACUUUUUGUUUCUUCUUUUAUUUUGUUUUUGCCUUUUGACUUAAUGCCGAGAGAUUUUUCUGUUUUACACUUUAGAAUAAAUGAAGGCCGUAUUGUUCGUUUUUUGAUAUAAAAAGAGAAAAACAUAUAAAUAUGUUGACUGUAACAGAUGGAUAUUUGAGGUUCAUGCCGUCUGUACUACAAUGAAGAUAAGACGGGCACCGGAGAAAAUGAAGGAAACUUUAAAGAGGAGGAGCACAAAAAUAAGAGAAAACAUCUCUUUUCCAAGCAGGAAAUUGAGAUUAUUGCACAAUGAAAUGUGAAUGUAGACGGAAUUAAAAAAGUGAUGAUUGCUUCUUAUUUCCUCACCCGCGAAGGCUUCUUCCCACAGCGUCUCCGUCUCUCUCGCUGCUUGCUGGGUGUGUUUACGUUGAGCCCGUCGUUCCCGUCUGAUUACAAAAAGAAGCGGUAACCGUUUGGUCUCGCUGCGUUACCAGGUGCUCAACGUGUCGUUCUUCUUCAGCUUUAGUCAAUGGUGUUCCUUAUAACUUUGUGCCUGUAUCUCCUAAAGGAGGGAAAAUGUUGGUAAUGGUGAAUUUAUUUUUUAUCUUUUUUCUGUCCUGCAACUUGAUGUUUUUCACGUACGCUCUACUUUGCCGGACAGAGUGGAGGCCGUUCUCAAGCCGUCAGCAUCCAUGCUUCUUUUUCCUUAAGGAGUCCAAGAAAAUCUAAGCACACAGGAGUGAGUCUUUUAGGGGUUAAAUACAGAGAUGGUGUGUUUGUACCGUGAGAAAAAAAAAAAAAAGAAAAAGUGGGAAAGUUUAUAAGUCAGAAAAUGUGUUUUUCUGUCCUGCUGAUAUGGUGACAAAUAUCUGUAAUUGAAAAGCCACAUUUUGAAUGACGCAUAAAGGUGCAUUGAGGUUGAUUGGUUUUUAUAGGUGGGAUUUGUACGGUUAUAUUUUCUCAAGGUCUAAAAACAACCCUAAAUUGUCACUAGAAAAACACAGCUGUAUUUAUUUUUUUAGUAAUGUGCUACCAAUGAGCCAAACUUUCUUUUAAUUUUUAAGGUGGUUUUGCUGGACUGGUGAGUUUUGUUAUGUGCAAUCCGGGUCGCCACCCAGAUCAGCACAAUGUAGGGGGCGGCUCGAGCGACAGAGGGGAAAAAAAACUAACAUCACUUACAUCCAGAAUUGGUUUUCUGUCACUUAUUUGCAUGUCCAGAUGUGCAAUCCAAGCACUGUAGAAAUCCUGAAAACACGGCUGUACUAUAAUGGCAACGCAGUCGUGAUUCGAAGUGACUCGGCUCUAAACUGAAGGGCUACUUCUCUGCUUUUUAAAAAAUCAGGAAUCUGAUUGGGAUUGAAACACAGAUUAAGACUCAUGAACUCUUCGUUUUCGAAACUGUAAAGAACGGGGCUCUGAUCAGCGCUUCUCCAGCCCUUCUGACGGUUUUUCAGUAUUUUUCUUUGUAUCUUUCUUGGCUUUGUUUCCGUCAACAAUGAGCAACAUUUGAAAGAGAUGAGAGAGAUGUCUCGUCCUUCUGUUUUCAGCUGGGAAUCACCCCGUUGGCGUGUUUAACCACUGAAAUGAGUCGAAUUUUACAUUUUGCAGAUGUGGCAAGCAAAAAGCAAUAAAGCAAACUGCCCAAAAGAUCUGGUCUAAAAUGUGUUCCUCGCUAAGUUUUCUACAACGUGCAGACAGGAAACUACUUCAACCCCUGAAUCGUGGAGACGUUGUGUGCCUGAAUGUUUCAUAAAUCACAGUUAAGCUGUCAGUUCAAUUCAGAAAUACUUUACUAAUAACAAAGGGAAAAUACAUCAGCUGUACCUGACUAUUUCUCUGACAGUGGUCUGGUGAAAUCAAGCUAAACCAAUGAAAAACCGUCUGAGAGCCCAGAGAAAUGUUGCUAAACCUCACCUUAAUACGUUCGAAGAAAGAUUGACUCAUUGGGAUGAAAAUGUAAAGAAUUGACACACGACUCUAAACAUUUGCAAAGUUCUGUCCAUCCUACUUCUUUUUUUAUUUUUGUUUUUAUAAGGUUUACUCAGAGAGUAGUGUUAACAAUCUCAAUCCUUCGUCUUUGGAACCAGCAUCACAUGUUUGUGCCAGUUGAAGAUGCAAAAUGUUUACAAUUAUCUGCAUAUAAUAAAUCUGACCGUGUUUUUGCUAGCAGGGGUUUCUCUAAACACGUGUUCCUGUUUGGGUUAUAUCGGAGCAGCCUCUACUGUGAAUGAGUUUUAUCCUAUUGAAAAUGUUGAGUUAUUGUUUGAUAGAACAAGGUGAUCAUGUGCUCGGAUAGACUCAUUAAUAAACUCCUUAAGGAUAAUAUACUUUAAUAUAAUAAAGUUUUUGUGCCUCGGUCUGAUCCUAUCACAAUAUUGAACGGUGAUCUGUCUCUGGGUUCACUGGUACAGCUUGUUUAAACAUUAUUUUAUGUUAAGAACCUAUAUUUGGACUGUCAGGAUAUCAUUGCCAAAAAAAAAAAAAAACAUGUUUAAACUUUGUAAUAUGGUGGUGAUGUUUGUUAAAAUUUUCUUUUUUUUUCUUUUUGUAAUGAAAUAACCUCGUGUUGCAACUGAUUUUGAACAGACACACCUUUCAAAUUGGAAAUCCUGCCCAAUAUUUGCAAAAACACUGUUAAGGAGAAGCAACGGGCAGGAGUCUAUUGAUCAAAAGUUGCCAGUUUUGAUUUAAAAUGUGACUUUUCUUUUACUUUUCUUUUUUUUUUUUCGGUUAAAAUGUUGCAGAUAAUGUAAGCGGUGGCGUGUGCGUCCACCCGUGCUCUAUAGACUCCAGUCCACUACCUCCGCCGUCUCUCCCUUAAGGGCGCGUGAAGAAUUUACACUCCUGUGUUGUGACUUGUGUGUGACAGACACGCUUGGAUGAAGUCCUAUUCAUUUAUUCUGAAACAAUAAAUGUUGUUGAAAAAAAA